UGCGACGAAGGCUCUGGCUGACACUUCCCACAAAAACAUACCAGUGAACUGCAUUAGCAAGGUCGAAAGUAGGACAAUAACGCAGAAUUUGCACUUAAUGCGCGUACAAAGGUCUUGUUUUCUCGGUCAUCAUGGCUACGGUGGGACUGAGAGCCUCUUACCACAGACUGCUGGGCAGGAUCGAGCAUAUAUUGCCGGCUAAAUUGAGACCUAUUUAUAACCACCCUGCAGGUCCAAAGACCGUGUUCUUCUGGGCACCAAUGUUUAAAUGGAGUCUAGUGGUAGCUGGUUUAGCAGACAUGACACGUCCAGCAGAUAAACUCAGUACCUCGCAGUCUGCUGUAUUAACAGCCACAGGUCUUAUUUGGUCCAGGUAUUCCCUGGUUAUUAUACCCAAGAACUGGAACCUCUUUGCUGUAAACUUCUUUGUUGGAGGUGCAGGAAUUACGCAGCUCUACAGAAUAUGGAAAUAUAACCAAGAACAGAAGGCAAAGGAGAAAGCUGUUGAAGCUUGAUACCGGUGCUGUCUAAAGUCAUCCAGAGGACCGAAAGGGACUCCCUUCGACUGGUACUCCCAAAACUCCCGCUCCCCUUAUUUAGUCAUUCAGUUGAGCCUCCUCACACUUUCUUCAUGAACAGAAUUCAAAUGAUUGUUUCAAAGUUCAGGCCUUUUCCCAUGCCACAACAACAAUUAAAAUUCAGAAUGCACAACAUGUUACAUAAACUGUAUUAAUAUGAUUGUACAUUCUUUAAAAUGCUAAUGUUUGGUUUGCACCUUGAUAAAGGUACUUGAGUUACCAUAAUACUGCUUGCCAUUUAUUCCUUAGUGAAUUUCUUGACUAAGCCUCUGUUAUACUGUCUCCAAAUACAUUUUAGAAAGGUCUCUUUAAUUACAUGUAUUUCUUAGGAAAUAUUUAUUAAAUUACCAUUAUGUAUUUUUAUUGUAGUUUGUUUGUUAUUCAAUUCUACAAAGUCAAUUAAUCAGUAACAUGAUAUUAAAAUAUAAUUUUUUUUUAUGUCAGAUCCCCAUACAUCAUGAAAUACUUGCUGAACUGUACUGAAAUAUUUGAAAUUAAUUUGCACCAAAAUAAACUAACAUU